CACUCCUUGAGGGUGAGUUGGGGUGAGUUUACGGGGUGGAUAAUGUACGCACGUAUACAGUGAGAUAAAUCGUGAGGGAGACGUUGUAUUAACAUGCAUUGACAAAUUAUUCAUCGUUUGUUGAUCUGCCUCAGUCUCAUUGUGACUUAUCUCUCCGGGGUUAAUUCGCUGCGUGUUUUGGUUAAAGCAUAAUGUAAUGCCGCACGGAUAGGGGUUCAUAAUUAAAAUGGAUGUUCACGGUGCCGGAGUGGUUGCAGUUCUAAGCACAGUUGGAGCUGCUACCGGGGCACUCUCUGCAGUGAUUGUCUAUACCAUUUGUGCACGUCGCCGCCGAUUGCUUACUUCGGUUGGAGGACCACUCAACUGGUUUGAAAAAGAUUUGUUGGAUAGAGCCGAGGAGGCAGCUAAGUCAUCGAAGAAUGUUUUAGCUGGUGUCGCGCUUUCGCGGGAUAAUAAAAUUAUCAAACGUAAUGAUAGUCAUUCAGAUGAUGAUGAAUGGCAAUCUGAUCACGUAUUUGAUAGCAUUGCCAGUGACUCUCCCAGAAGAGUUAUACAACAUCUCUCAGAAUCGGAUGAUAUUUCCCCAUCUCCAAUGAGUCCACUUGCACCGCCUAUUCCGGACGGCACAUUGAUUGCAUCUGAGAAACGCAUGAUAAUCGUCAGACCGCCACGGAGCAUGGAUGGGUCUCACUCCAGAUUGAAUAGUGUCGAGAUCGAGUCAGCUUCACGAAACAAGUUGUCAUCUUCCUCUUCAACUUCUUCGUCCGAUGAAAUUAGGGGUGAAUUAAAGUUAGGAUUGAUGUAUGAUACUAACGCUGGAAUACUUACCGUGAAACUUAUCGAGGCACAUGAUCUUCGUGCUCGAGAAUUGAGCGGCAUCGCAGAUCCUUACGCCAAGAUACGUUUGUUACCUGAUCGUAACAAUGUGUGGCAAACUACAAUACACAGGCGUACUUUGAAUCCUGUAUUCGACGAAGAUUUCGUUUUUGAAAUAACGCCUGUAUCAUCAUUGGCUGGAAGAACAUUAGAAAUCCUGCUCUAUGAUUUUGAUGCGUUUACGAGACAUCGUGGUUUAGGCUAUGUACAACUUCCUCUUUCUUCCGUGCCGGAUCUCGGUACAAAUUUGAUCACUAUCGUACAACCAGUUUUGCGAUAUGGAGUGGAGGGUGGAUUUAGAGCGCCACCUCUGGGUGAAUUAAUGGUCUCUAUUUCAUAUCAGGUGUCUAUAGAGAAACUGACAAUUAUUAUUGUCAGGGCGAGAAAUUUACCCAUUCUCGAUGAUCCCGCAAACGCUAAUUCAUAUGUGAAGGUAUCACUUAUGCAAGAUGGUAAAAAUCUUAAGAAGAAAAAAUCGAGUAUACAACAUGAGGCUACUAUUCCCGUCUGGAAUGAUAUUCUUACCUUUGAUGUUAAUAGCGACAUAUUACCGAAGUGUGUCUUACUAUUUUCUGUACUGCGAGCGAAUGGUAAUCUCUUAGGUAAGUGCGAAGUAUCCGGCUCGUGUCAAAAAGAGUUGUUUCAACGUGUAUUAUCUGGAAAAGGUGCUUCGGCACAAUGGUUGCCAUUGUCAGAACCAGAAGCACAACGUGAUGAUAAUGGAGAAUUAAAAAAUUAAAAAAAAUCGCUAUUAAAAUGUGUAUGUGCGCGCGCGCGCGCGCAUACAUAUAUACAUAUACAUGGUAUCCCAAAUUUUUUGACACAGCGCUUGUAUGCAAGUAGAACGGAUUAAACUGAUUUGAAAAGUCCUGUACCAUUUUGCAAUUUUCGUAUAAUAAUAAUAGUAAUAGUUAAUAGGGAUAAUAGUAAUAAUAGUUAAUAGAAAUGCAACGGAUAUCCGACAAUUAUCCAGUAUUCAGCCGCUUCUUUAUAUAUAUAGUUUGGCUAUCCGGCUGGAGAAAGUCACAUUAAAUGUAUUUUCCAAAGUAAAAUUUAGUUUAAAAACUGAUUCACGGACGA